AUGGUCUCUGGGGGCACCGAGGUCCCUGCCGGGGCAGGCCGGGCAAGAGCUCCUAGUGCCAAAAGCCCUACUCUUCUCUGCCUGCCGCUCGCCCCUUUUUCUCUGACCUGCUGUGAUCUGGGCGCUGCCCGGCCGGGCCUCAAAUCCGCUCUAGCGGCUUUCUCCACCCCGACCGCUCCUUACUUCUUGCCUCCUUCCCUCGCUCGCUUUCCCCACGCCUCCCUCCCUCGCGCGCGCGCUCCUUCCAGGUCGGCGUCCCUACCAUCCGGCCGAGCCCGGCCCGCAGGUGGGGGACACCGUCGCGGCCGCUCUCCAGGGCCAGACUCGGCCGCGCGAGGACAGAGGGAGCCGCCGGCAGGAGCAGCAGGCAGUGCCCCGGGGCGCCUCCUGCGCGCCGGGCUCCGCCGAACCCGCGGCACGCCGAGGCCAACUCUCCCGAGCCGUCUGCCUCCUCCCUUUUCCCGAGAUCCUAGCCGCGUUCGUGUUGCGUUUGCAAGGUGCAUUUUGAAAGGGGAACGAAAAUCUGUCCCUCCGGUUAUCAAAAGGCAGCCUCAGAGAGCCGGACGGUUCCGCGACAGCGGCAGCUGUGUUCACCUUAGCGCUUCCUUGGCGAGUCAGAGGGAAGAACCAAGCUUGUUAGUCUCAGGCUUAGAGUCAAAACAAAAAACUCCAACACUAGAAGCCUCCGAAAUGGCAGUGUCUCAGUCGUGUUUCUCCAGAGGACCCUGCAAACUCUCCACUGCUCACAGAGGCCAGGCAGAGGGAGACCCUGGAGGAGCAGCAAGCAGUUCUCACAGCCCUGCCAACACAGUGCUCUCCCCAAACCAGAGCAGGAGCUCCACUCUGUUUGCGCCUGGGCUGAGGGGUACGCCUCCUGUUUCCUGUCAGAUGACCUGCAUGCCCUCAGCACUACUGGGGAACAGAAACCUUGAACCUUUCUGCACCUGCCGAGUGCUUGGCACUGUGGGAACCCAGCGACUGACGGCUCCCUGGAGGGCAGCCAAGCCUCGUGGAACACCCAGUCCCACGCUGCAGGCUGCUGGCCAGCUCAGAGCCCGCCGCCAGCCCCGCUGCGAUUACACUGCUAUGUUUUUCAAGGCCCAAUUUGGUCAUGAUUCUAAUUGUCUUCAGGAAUUCUUUUCCUUAACACCAAUCGAAUAACAAAGCAAAUGACUCUUGGAAAGUAUUUGUCUGUUCCAAAACGGGGUCACAUUGUAUCUUGCUCACUUUCAAGACAGUGAAGAUUAAAAGAAUGAUGCAAAAUAGAUUCAGAGGUCUGGGGGAAAAAUGUGAACUGAAUAGCGAUUUAAUCACCUGAAUGUGUUGUCACACAAAUCCAAACAAAUUUGAGGCUUGUAACAAUCUGGAUUAUAAAAGAAAAAUGGACUUUUUUCCUGGAAUCUGUUUCUGUGUUCACUGAUGAUUAAAUUUAAAAUGUAUUUUCAUUUUCCUGUGUAAUAAACUUUAGAUCAUCUCACUUUAAAGCUUGUGGUCUAUCAGAGACCAUGGCAUAGGGGUUCAGAGCUUGUCCACUGGGAGCUGAGAUUUCCUCAUUUGUAAAAUGGGGGAAACAAGAGCUUUCAUUACACAGGGUUGUAGUGAGAAUUAAAUGAAUUGAUACAAGCAAAAAAUGUAAAAAAUUGCCUGACAUAGUGAAAGUGAGUGAAGUUGCUCAGUCGUGUCCGACUCUUUGCGACGCCAUGGACUGUAGCCUACCAGGCUCCUCUGUCCGUGGGAUUUUCCAGGCAAGGGUACUGGAGUGGGUUGCCAUUUCCUUCUCCAGGGGAUCUUCCCAACCCAGGGAUCGAACCCGGGUCUCCCACAUUGUAGGCAGACACUUUACCA